ACCAUACKUGGAAAGAAGUCGGUGGCUCGCAGCUGCGUUUAGACUUUACACGGUAUUUCAUCCCUAAAAAAUACAAUUUUAUUGCCGUUUUAGACAUAAGAACGCCAGAGAAUAUUCUAUAACUGUACUUUCACCAUCUGGUAGGUUCUUCGUCAGUGAAAUGUGUACUGAGAGACGGUCAAAGUGAGAGCCAAAGCAAACUCUCUUAUCUCUUAUUCAACUAGUGUCUUUCAGACUUUUUGAUCUUAUUUAGAAAAUUAACUUUGCUUCAUCACAGUUCGCAGUAUCGAUCGUUCGUACGAGUCGUUUUCUAGAAGGUUUAAAGCUUUAAGCAAGGAUAUCGAUCGUAAGACUGUCAUGACAACUGAGUUGAAAACUUCGCUACCAAAAGAGGAAGACGAAGCUGGAAGACGGGUCGAUUUACACACUUCUUCAGGAGCAACUAUAUGUCUCAGUUUUCCUGAAAACGAAGCGCCAUUGCCGCAGGUUAUUAAACUUGUAGAUCCAGAUACUGGCCAGUCAAUGAUAUUUCAAAGUAAAGACGAUGUUUAUGAUGAAGUUAGCGAGGAAUUGGAUAAAAUAUUGAGUAAACUCGAUCAACAUUGCGUUCAUUCCAAUUGCCAAAGUGAAGCUAAUGGAACUGACCUACAGAGAAACAAUGCAGCCGAUGAACGAUUCGAAAAGCAACGAGAAAAACUUCAAAAAAAGCUGAGAGAACGCAAAGGAAGCACUAACAAAGAAGAGGAAAAAUGCAGUGGUCACUGUAAUCAAUUGAUCGAAAUCCCAGUCCAAGGACUGAGUCAACUACGAGAUAAGCAAAAUGAUGAGGAAAAUACAGGAAUUGAAGAUGGAAGUUUAUCAAUCGAAGAGGAAAAGUUGAAAGAAGUUGGGUUGAAGAUUUGUAGAGCGCCCGAGGUUGAUGUUAUUGACAGUACAAGUAUUAGAAUUUCAUGGUCAGAUCAAGCAAGUAACAAUAGCCAUUUAUUGGAAUGCAAAUUUGAACUUGAAAUGGCUACAAAGAAUGCCAGCUUCAGUAAUAUCUACAGUGGAAUGAAUACUGAACACAAGGAAAAGCAUCUUAAACCAGGAAUAACUUAUAGAUUCAGGUUAUGUGCCAUCAAGGAUAAAGUCAAAGGAGAUUAUUCUCCUGAAGCUGUUGCCCAGACCCCUAGUGCAGCACCAGCAAUUCCUUCUGCUCCUCACUUGAUCAAUAAGACAAAGACAAGCUUCCAUCUCAAAUGGAACGCACCAAAUGACCAUGGAUCACCCAUCAAGACAUUUAAGCUACAGUGGGACAAGGGGGAAGGCACAGGGAAGUACUAUGAAGCCUACAGUGGUAACCAAAAACAGUUUAAACUGUCUCACAAGCUUCUACCAGGAACUAAAUGUUUGUUUAGGGUGCAAGCUAUGAAUGAUAUAGGUGCAAGUGAAUUCAGCAAAGACUUGAUUACAUUCACAAGUGCUGGUGUUCCAGAUGGUCCAAAAGCUCCUCAUCUUGAGAGGGCAGGACAUAAUUACUUGGUUUUAUCAUGGAAUAAACCAGAAAGUAAUGGAGCUGAAGUAACUGAGUAUUUAUUAGAAAUGGAAGACAAAAACACGGCAUAUGGAUUUAUGGUAGCAUACAGAGGAAUUGAACAGCGUAAUAAAAUCGAAAAACUGAAAAGGAAUACUUCAUACAAAUUUAGGGUUGCUGCAAUUAAUAACCAGGGUAGUAGCAAAUGGAGUGAAGUAGCUAUGUUCACUACAACACCAGAGCGGCCUGGUCGUCCGUCACCUCCAUUGCUAUCUGGUAAGCCCAAGGUCUCUUCAUUUAUAGUAGCCUGGGAUCCACCUGAAGACACCGGUGGAACAGUAAUAUCAAGAUUUAUUCUAGAGAUGGAUGAUGGCAAAGGUGGUCCUUUCAAAGAGGUAUACAGUGGUCCAGACUGCGAGCAAAGUUUGAAUGGUCUGUCACCAGGGAUUUCAUACAAACUUCGAGUAGCUUGUUUGAGCGAUGGAGGAUCAAGUGAGUGGUCACGGAUAUCUAAGAUACGUACUACACCUGUGUGUCCAGGACAAGCUAACCCGCCAAUCUUAUCAAAAAUCCACAAACCACAACCCAAUGCACUUCAUCUAUACUGGGAUCCCCCAGAUUAUAAUGGCGGAGCUUCAAUAACUGCUUACCUAUUGUCCAUGGAAGUAGAAAAGAUGAAUUCUAAAGAAUUCCGUGAGAUAUACCAUGGGGUGGAUAACUUGUGUACAAUCAGUGGUUUACAGCCUGGCAGAGCAUAUUCCUUUUGUCUUCGAGCAGCAAAUGAGGCUGGGGUUGGAAAAGCAUCAAUCAUUUCUGAAUUAAGUACAGCUCCUGGGUCUCCAGACCCUCCUAAAGCACCAGAAACAGUAUGUAGGUCAGCAGCUGCUAUACAGAUUACUUGGGAGGCACCUGCUGAAAAUGGUGCUCCAGUUACAGGMUAUACCCUGGAGAUGAUGGAGGAAGGAACAUUUGUUGAGCUAUAUAUGGGUACAGAAAAGACAUUUGAACUGAGAAAAGGAGUGAGUCCUGCAAGCUACUACUACUUUAGAGUAAAGGCUUUGAGCUCAGCAGGGYAUAGUCCAUGGAGCCCAGUCAGUACAUGCCACACCCCUCCAGCUUCACCAGCUGCUGUAUCUUCUGUUAGAAUGAUAGAUCAGUCUUCAUCUCACCUGCGGUUACGAUGGAGGCAUCCAGCCAAUAAUGGAGCAUGUAUUACAUCAUACAAUAUUGAAAUAGCUGGUGUUAGAAAUAUAAGUUAUGAUCUGGAACUUGAUAAUGAAAAUGAAGAGGAGAAAGAAGAAAGUCAGAUUCAGGAAUAUGAUGUAGUUGACUUACAGCCAAACACACCUUACAGAAUUCGAGUUCAAGCUGUUAAUAAAAUAGGAUGUGGACCUUUCAGUCCCCUUAUUGUGGCUGCCACAAGAGAUCUACCUCCCCUGGCUCCAGCUUUAGAAUUGGCAUCAGCUUCUUACCAGAGCCUCAAGCUGAAGUGGGGAUCAUCAGGAAACAAAGACAGUGUUGGAGUAACCUACACUCUAGAGAUGCUUGAUCAAAGUGGAAACAUUCAGAUGGUUUUCAGUGGGUCAACUACAUCACAUAAAGUUGGAAGACUACAAGAAAGAACUGAAUAUCACUUCCGAAUUCAAGCAAGCAAUGAAGCAGGAACAGGACCCUACUCUGAGGUCUACAGUUUUCAGACAACUGAACAACCACCAUUGCCUGUCAAAGGUCUUAAAGCUGAGAUAAUCAGUCCCACAUCUUUUACCCUCAGUUGGGAUCCUGUUCAGAAAAUCAGGAAAGGUGAUACCAUUGAAUACUUACUACAGAGCCAAGUGGUAGGCAAGGAUCAGGAUUUUGUUUUGGCAUAUGAAGGCCCGAAAACUUCCAUCACCAUCAACAAUUCUGAUACAGGAAAGGAGUAUCGAUUUAGGGUAUGCUCAAUACGUUAUAUACGGUGUGAACCUCUUGAUGAUGAUAGCCUAGAUUCCAUCUCAGGAAUUAAAGGUGUAUUUAGUCCUAUUGUUGCUAUCAAGACCCAAUCUCCCAGAAAGAAAAAACAUAUGUCUGAGUCCACUACUCAAGGGGAAGAAGAUAGUGAUGUUGAUGGCAAGGAGUUGAGUAAGAAGCUAACAGAUAAUGACUGGGCUGUAGUCUUCUUUAUAGGUUUUACUGUGUUGGCAGUAGCUUUUGCCUUUAUUGUCCAAAUGUUAAUUGAAUAAUUCUAUAAAUAGUCUCUCAUGAGCAAACUAAAUUAAUGUAAAGAUGCAAUGAAAGGGCUUCUUUGCCCAGUCCAUUAACACGGAUGCAAGCUCUUUACUUUGUAUAAAAUUAAUGCUUAUAAUUAAAAAAUCUCAUGAAAUAGAAUAUCUCAACUAUGGGACUGUGUUAGCCAUUAUAAGCCUGCUCUCAUACUAAGUAUAUUAAGUCAGAUAGUAUAAAAUGAACCUUCAUACAAGUAUAUUGACUAAUGGGGAGUUUUGGGAAGGAGGAGAGAGAGAGGCAAUCCUAGCUAACAUAUAAUAUCUAUAACUACAUGAACUGCAUAUUUUGUUUUAGUGUCUACUAAUUUAUUACCCCAGGGGGGAGGGGAGCUUGACACACCUUUUAGGGUCGAAARUGAGACCUCGCGCACCUUUUAGGGUCUCCGGCUGACUCCCGGCUGACUCUCUACCUUUUAGGGUCAGAUUUGUUCGUUUUGAAAAAUAUCAAACGUCGCACAAGAAUAUGAUGGUUGGAAACGUUGUCAUUUUAAAUGUGGUCGUACCUYUUAGGGUCUGAAAUCAGCAUCUCAGUUAAUUUAUGCGUACCUUUUAGAGUCAUUUUCAAAACCAUCCGUCAAGCCCCCCUACCCACUUUUCAAGAGAGUCCCCCCCUGGUUUAUUACUCGUAUAUGAUAUAUAUAUCAUAUGCUACAAUUUUGAAACACAUAUGACAGUAUAUCGAGAUUCACCAGAGUCCCAUGUUUAGCAGGUUAGGGAUCAUUUUUAUGGGUCGAGGGGACCCUGUAGGGGUUUUUUUUCAGGCAGCACUUAGGGUAGGUUCAGAUUUCAGCCAGUUGGGUUUCAUACACCUGCGAUACUCUCCCCGUAAAGGCUGGGUGCAUGGGAUUGACAUUGUGUUGUGCAUGUCCGUGACAUAUUAUGUAAUUAGCAUAUAAAAGCGGAAGAGUGAAAUUUGCUGUAAUGUAAAUAAAGUUCCCGACACCUUAUUGUCAAAGUGUUUUUGCAAGUUUUUCAUACUUCCCUUCUUCAAYGCCAGCUUUCACCGCUUCGUCAUCUUGCUCUUGUCUGAUAAAAGGUGGUCUUUUAUAAGAGAAACCAGAGGUUAGAUGACAAGAACAAUCGAUCCAAGUGAUCGAAAACGAGUUUGAAAAAUCAGUGAUUUCCCAGAGUCAGUGGGUAGAUUUACAAACACAUCAUUGUCAAGGACUAUUUACUUCAACGCCUUGAGUUGAACAUCCUUGAAUUCACUGAAAUUAAAAGACUUCAAAGCAUUGGCACAAGCACUUUAAAAGAGUGAUACGUCCGCCAUUUUGUUCAGAAUGAAUUUUGAUUUAUUUAUUUAUGCACUUUGACUUUCGAGGGGCAGAUUGCUGAUUGGCUGAGAAACAUAAUGUCAAUCCCAUGCGCCCAGCUGUUACAGGGAGAGUAUCGCGGGAACACAAAACCCCAACGGCUGAAAUCUGAGUCUACACUUAGGGUGGCUAGCAAAUAACUGGGGUCAUUAUAUUUUACUAGAUGUAUCAUUAGUAUAUUAAGUCAGAUAGUAUAAUGUCAAUAGAUAAAUAAAAAUAAGGUAAAUUAUCAAGGUCAUAAAAAUAUGUUUGGGCUGAUUGGUAAACUUCCAACUAUUUGGAUACCCUUUCAAAUAAAUAGACAAUUUUAUUACAAAUAAACUUAUUUUGUCUAUUUUCUUUCAAAAAAUUACCUUCGUAAUGAUACAAAAACAAUAUUAUUAUUUGCCUCCAGYUCAGUGAUUAUUAGUGAAUGGAGACUCACAGCUCAGUAAAUAUUCACUGAUAAUCAAUUCGCCAUUGUUAAAUAUUCAUUUUAGAGUGAUCCUAAAAUUGACAAUCCACAUAGGCCCCCCUCCCCUCAUAAAUGAGUAGUCCCUUACCAUUCAAUUUAUUUUAGCUGCAUAUUGCCCUAAUUUAGUCCACACUAUACGUAUAGCUGUACUCUGCCUUUGAAAUAAGUUUACUAGCAUGCUAAACACAGAAAAAAUCGAAUGUUGUGGUAAGAAUAUUCUAUUCCUGACAAAAAUAAUAACUAAGUAUUAUUGCAAGAAAUAUUAUUUUGACAUAAAURUAUUAUUAAUAGUGCAUCUUUUCUUUCGUUGAAGACAAACCACUAAUAAUAUUAUAAUUAUAUAUGACAAUAAGGCUUUCAUUUUCACACAAACCUAUGGAUAUGGCAUAAGAUUUUACCUGGACAGGGUCCAGUUGUAUGAAGGGUAGAUAGUGCCAUCUUAUCCAGAGUAAUAAUUCGUUGGAUAACAGCACUGACUAUCCAUUAGAUAGUGCUAUCCACCCUUCGUACAAUCAGCCUUAGGGAGGCCUUCAACUUUCUGCAAUAUAAAUAGGAUCUAAUGAAGAGCAAGAUUGAGAACAAAAUAUUAGCAAUAAUUAACGACUGCUAAUUUACAUUUGGCAACCUCUUUCUUCUGUCCUGUAUACCUUCCUAAUGAGAUUGAUAUCUUUUAGAAGAAUGUAAUUAUAGUGACUUUAUUUUAUGAGUAUAGUCAACAUAGUAUUUAAUUAAAAUCACUAAUAGUGGCACCCUAUUACUACAACAGUAAAAUGAUAGAAAGAUAAAGGACUGCAUAAUUUCAUAUAAUUAUAAUCAAUGAAUUCUUAAUAAAAGUAAUAAUUUAGUAUUGAUAUCAAAUAAGGGGAGACAAAAGGUUAGGAGGGGGGUUAUGAUUGCAUAGAUUUAUUAUUGAUAGUUCAGCAUUGGUGCCGGAGAUCAGCAAGACGAUCAUUACAAWUCUCACUAGAGUGUAGUAAUUCAUACUGGAACUCCUGCAGGUUUCAUUCUGAAUGAUAUGGAUGUAGACUUAAAGAGGAAAAAUUAUAUUUAUUUUUAGAUUCAAAUCUAUAGUAUAGUAAUGUAAUAUAACAAUUAUAAGUAAUCUAUAAAGUACAGGAUACUGCUUGAACAUAUAUUUAUUCUCUGUCACCUUAUUUCUGAUUAUAUCAUUCAUUACAAAUAAACCAAACCACRAAAUGUU